AUGCAAUUAAGGAAAGAGAUUUGCAGGCUUGUAUUAACAAGAAAAAUGUCUGGAAACGCUAAGCAUUAUGAUUAUUUGGUUAUUGGUGGUGGAUCUGGUGGUGUAGCCUCGAGCAGAAGAGCUGCUUCCUAUGGAGCAAAGACGUUACUAAUCGAGGGAAAAGCCAUGGGUGGUACUUGUGUGAAUGUCGGUUGCGUACCAAAGAAGGUUAUGUGGUAUGCUUCUGAUCUAGCCAAUCGUUUAACGCAUGCCCAUGAGUAUGGGCUAUUUCAAGAUUUGCCAUUGAGUAAAGACAAGCUGACAUUCAACUGGCCACAAUUCAAAGCCAAAAGGGAUGCCUAUAUCCAAAGAUUGAACGGUAUCUACGAAAGAAAUUUAACCAAAGAAGGAGUGGACUAUGUUUAUGGCUGGGCCCGUUUCAAUAAAGAUGGCCAAGUGGAAGUUGUCAAGGAAGACGAAUCCAAAGAAUUAUACACAGCUGAUCACAUCCUAAUUGCUACUGGUGGAAAACCUGUGAUUCCAAAGAAUAUCCCUGGUUAUGAGUACGGUAUUGACUCUGACGGAUUCUUUGCUUUAGAGAAACAACCUAAAAAGGUGGUAGUGGUCGGUGCGGGUUAUAUUGGUGUUGAAUUAGCCGGUGUUUUCCAUGGUUUAGGAAGCGAAACUCACAUGGUAAUCAGAGGUGAAACUUUGUUGCGUAAGUUUGAUGAAAGCAUUCAAUCGACGAUUACGGACCACUAUGUCAAUGAAGGCAUUAACAUACACAAGACUGCUCAGGUUACUAAGGUUGAGAAAAAUGAAUCUACCAAGCAGUUGACCGUUCACUUGGACAAUGGUAAGGUAAUCGAGAAUGUGGAUGACUUAGUUUGGACAAUAGGUCGUAAAUCUUUGCUAGGAAUUGGGCUGGAAAACGUUGGGGUGAAACUUAACGAACGUGAGCAAAUAGUUGUCGAUGAAUAUCAAAACACUAAUGUUCCUAAAAUCUAUUCUUUGGGAGAUGUUGUCGGUAAAGUCGAGUUGACUCCAGUCGCUAUCGCUACUGGUAGAAAGCUUUCGAAUCGUCUCUUUGGGCCCAAGGAAUUUGCCAACCAAAAGCAGGAUUACACAAAUGUUCCUAGUGUUGUUUUCUCUCACCCUGAAGCGGGUACCAUAGGGUUGACUGAAAACGAGGCGAUCGCUAAAUAUGGUGAAGAGAAUAUCAAAAUUUACAACAGCAAAUUCACUGCCAUGUACUACGCUAUGCUUGAGCACAAAUCUCCAACUAGAUACAAGCUCAUCUGUGCUGGCCCCAAUGAAAAGGUUGUAGGGUUGCACAUUGUUGGUGAUUCAUCGGCAGAAAUCCUACAAGGCUUCGGUGUUGCUGUUAAGAUGGGUGCCACAAAGGCAGACUUUGAUUCAUGCGUUGCCAUCCACCCAACUAGUGCUGAAGAAUUGGUCACAUUAAGAUAG